CCGCGCUCCGCCUGCGGAUUGGCUGCCGCGAGCGGCAGUGGGCAAAGCGGCAUCCGGUGCGGCGGCGGUGGGUGCGGAGCGGCGCGGCCAUGACGGCGCACAGCUUUGCGCUGCCGCUCGUUCUCUUCUCCGCUUUCUGGGGCCUCGUGGGCAUCGCCGCCCCCUGGUUCGUGCCCAAGGGGCCGAACCGCGGGGUGAUCAUCACGAUGCUGGUCACCACUGCCGUGUGCUGCUACCUCUUCUGGCUCAUCGCCAUUCUGGCCCAGGCCAACCCCCUGUUCGGGCCACAGCUAAAGAACGAGACCAUCUGGUAUGUGCGCUUCCUCUGGGAGUGAGCAGUCCCCAGGAGCCGGCGCCCGGACAGAGACCCCCCAUCCGAAUCGUCACCUCUUGCUGCUGUUCCAGCCUCUACGCUCCUGUACCAGGCAGCCCCCAGAGGUCCUGGGACAGAGGCUGGACCCGCUGCCCCAGCACCCCUGAGCAGGGGAGGCAGCACCCCGGGAUGAGGGCCUAGUCAGCCCAGCCCUGGGAGCAGCCACAGUGCCAGGGAGAGAUCCCCUCAGCUGGCCGAGUGCUGUCCUGAGAGGGAUCUCUGUGUAGUGCCAGCGGAUCCUGUCCCUGCGGUGCCACCCUGCUCCCUCCCAUGCACUCAGCCCUAGCCCCCCAAGUGAAACCCCUGCUCGUAGCCCAAACUGCCCAACUUGUUGCCAUAUCCCUGGUCAUUUCAGGCACCAGCUGCCCCUCUGCAAGAGCAGGGAGAAGCCCAUUGCAUCCUCUGUUGUGUGGUCAGUCCCCUGUGGUGGGGGUGGUCCUUGCUUAGAUUCUGGCUGUGGGUGGGAGAAGGGAAGGCUCACCCUGGAAGAGCAUGUGAACCCCCUUGGGUGUGAUGAGGGAGGUGCUGGGUGCAGGGCAGGGGGUUCCCCUGCUUGGCAGCCCACUGCAGGGGAUUAAAGGGGUGCUGUGUCUCUUCCCACAUCAGCAGCGAGGGAGCUGCAGUAGCAUCUAGGUAUCAUCGCCACCACCCCAACCUGUGUCCAGGCUCUGAGGAGAACCAAGUAGGGUGUUGCGUUUUAGGUUUCCCCAUAUUUAUCAGAUAAUUUAUUUAUUUAUUUAUUUGUCUGUGUGUGUUAAAUUUGUGUUGUGGAAAUAAACCCUUUUUCUAGUGAGUGAUGCUGGAGGCAGUCACUUGCUGUUUUGAGGCUGAG